AUGGGCUCUUUGCCUACCAGUCGAGUCACUGUCUCUCGACCCUUCUACCACUGCGGAGUAGAUUACGUCGGCCCGGUUAUAUUGCGAGAAGGCAAAAGGCAUAAUGCACGUAAUCACAAGUCCUACAUUGCCGUUUUUGUUUACUUUGCCACUAAGGCAAUUCAUAUUGAGUUAGUCAGUGAUCUAACCACUGACGCUUUCCUCAGAGCGUUCAAGCGUUUCAUUGCUCGACGAAGUCGACCCUCUAAUAUGUAUUCAGAUAACGGCACCACUUUCGUGGGAGCUCAGAGACAGCUCAAGGAAAUGUACAAGUUCUAUUUAAGUCAGCAGACACAGGCCGACCUCGAGCGGGCUCAUUUAACAUUUGAGGAAAUAUCCACCGUAUUGUACGAAAUAGAAGCGAUUCUUAACUCGCGGCCGAUUACUCCGUUAAGUGAAGAUCCGAACAACAUGUCAUAUAUUUUUCUCGGACACUUCCUAGUCGGCACCACCCUUAACAGACUACCUCAGCCUGACCUGACUGACGUCAAUGAAAACAGGUUAGUCCGCUGGCAAAGAGUAGAACAGCUCAGACAGAACUUUUGGCGAAGAUGGAGCGCGGAAUAUUUGCAUUCUUUGCAAGAACGAAACAAAUGGAAGAGCAACAAGGGCAUUCAACUAGAGCCUGGUCAACACGUCCUCAUCAAGCAGCAAAAUUUAGCCCCACUGCAAUGGGCGAUUGAUCGCGUCCAGGACGUUCAUCCUGGUCCCGACAACGUUGCGCGCACCGCGACUGUUCACACCUUCAAGGGCUCUUUCGUCAGGCCUUUUUCCAGGUUUGCGAUAUUAAUAUAA